UCAAAAUAGAAACUAGAACGGUGGUUGUGUGCGUUGAAUGCACCACUUUUAGUUUAGUUUAACGUAUUAAUAAGAAUAAGAAUUAUGAAGAAAGUUCAGGGAAAUGAUUCCUUUCAUCGUAUAAAUUACUUGUACCAAAUAAGUAAACAUAUAGUUAAAAUAAAUCCAACCUUAUCUUCGUACUAUGGUAACCUAAUGGUAAAUGUUGCAAAGAAGAAUGUCUUGAAAAUGCAUCCGGACAUAAAAAGACAGAUCUGUAAGAAGUGCCGCUGCAUUUUAUUAUUCGGAGAGACGGCUAAAAUGAAGAUAAAGACUAAGAAUAAACAAAAGAUUGUAGAAUGGACCUGCAAUACCUGUAGCACUAAGAAAUCUCUUCCAGCCUCUAAAGACAAGGACCCACUAUGGCUAGAAAGAGACGAAGCUGUUGUUGAGGUUAUUAAUUAAUUGUUUUAGUGUUAAGUAAGGAAUUUCUGUUGAAAUUAAGGUUUAUAACAAAUAGAUACCCAAUGGUUAUGUUGGGUAACUCAUUAGAUGUUAUCAGCAAGUAAUGUGAUCUGUGUUGGUAUUUUUAUAGAAAAAAUUCGUAUGAAAAUUGUAUGACACAUGAAAAUCAUAUUAAUCCUAUAUAAAAAGAAAUUUAUGUAUGUAACAAAUCAAUACAAUUAUUUUUAUAGCUUU